ACUUCACUAGCGACACUUAUGUAGAUAAUGAAAAAAAAAAUUGUUUUGGUUAUAGGUGGAGUUGGGCACGACUUCUACUGCUCGCCGCGGAACAACUUUUAAAAAAAGCGGUUCACGGCAAUCGCUGCACAGCCGCCAUUUUGUAACAAAAAUAGCAAUAAAAAUAUUUUAUCUAUUCUGCAAGAGUUGCUCAACCCAAUGAUAUAUAACUUAUAUACCUUAUAUCUAAAAUGUCCUGUAAAAAAAUUCAUGAAAAAAAUCUUGUUUUUUUGAGCAUUUGGUAGAUAUAACCCCUUAAAACAAAACGGUUAUAGUUUGACAUCACAGCAGAAACUCAUGUUUAUAGACUGUUCCGAAAAUUAUAAAUACAUCUUCUUUCUUGAAUAAAACAAAAAAUACAAGAUUUUUCGGGUCAUUUUAUUCUGAAAUAUAGAUAAUAAGUGUUUUCUUCCCAGUUUCAAUUCAAGUUGGGAUUAUUUUUCGUAGGAUACGCGAGUUCUCUAACUUUUCCCUUAACACUACUCAUAAGCUUUUGCACAGUGUGUUCUUCGACCAUUUUUACCACUUUAAGCCAAUCUUUUUUAAAUUUUUCAACCUUGUCCGCUGGUUUGACAUAUUUCCUCAGCUUUGCCUUGGUCAAAGCCCAAAAAGUUUCAAUAUGUGACAUUAUUUGUUUUAUACCACCUGUUAACACAGGGACGUUACUGUGCGAUGUUACCACAGGGACGUCGAGUUCCCAGCAAACCGACAACCUUGCCGUCUGACUGUAAGUAAGACGUCCUGUUACUCUGGAGGGCUCUUUUUGAGCUGAGUCAUUGGAGAAAGCACCGACCGACUGAACCGAUUGUCCAAAUUGUUUGAUUAGAAAUUGUAUUAGUGAAUAUUUAAAAUUGAAGUGAAUAUUUAGAAUUGUAUUAUUAAAUUGGAGGUAAUAUUUCGUGAUAUAUUAUGUAUUAAGCUUACUAUUUAUGCACUUUAAAGGCAGACUUAACCUAACCCAAGUUGGCCAGCCGAGAACAAAGGCCUGCAACAAAUAUCAUAGCCACUGAAUUAUUGAAACAACGCAAAAUAUAGUUUCGAUAUCAGUAGCUGCGCCUUUUUAAUUCGCUGCGCCAACAUCUUUCAAUAAUUCAUCUGCACGUGCCGAUGGCAACGUCCGAGAAACGUCUAAAACCAGCGCUAGAGGAGCGGGAAGGUUGCACAUCUUGUGACGAUCCAGAUGCUGACCAGAAUUUUGUCCAAUGCGAUUCUUGUGAUCAGUGGUGGCACUUUACAUGUGCUGGUGUCACUGACUCUGUUAACGAUCGUGCCUGGAUCUGUUCUCACUGCAACACAACACCAUCAGGGGUCCCCGGUUCGCCCGUCUUGUCAUCGGAUAACUCUAGUGAUAGUGUGCAAAACAAUCUCGCCCUGCUGAAGCAACGGCAGCAGCUCGAGCUACAAAGAAUGGAGCAUCAUCUAAAGCAAAAAUUUCUGGACGAGCAGUUAGAGGUUAUAAAUCAAUCUACAAGAUAUCCUCAUCAUCGGAGUGAAAAUAGAACAAUCAUUGAUUGCGUUGGAAAUAAUCUGGAGCAAGAAGAAGGCGCAUUGGAUAACCAACGAAUUCCAUUAGCAGCAGCUCUGCCCACAGAUCAGCACGGUCAACACAAUGAUACGACAAACAAAGGCGCUACGAGUGGUCGAGCAAAAAAAACGACUGUCUGGAUUACGUCUGCCAGCCAGCAGGAUAGUAGCGUAGUGGAUAUGGUACACAAUCUUGGACGUAAGCUUGAUCGCUUACAGCUGCAGUCAGCUCCGUCAUCUCAGGCGUUGGACGAUAUACGUCAGCAGCUUGAACAGUGUAAAGAACGGCUCGGUUUGGAUUAUACCGGCUUUCAAAUAAGUCCAAUGCUAAAUAGAAACAGGUAUGAUUUCCAGAAUUUCCCCAGUGAACGAAAUACAGAUUGCCCACAGCCUAGAAACUUAGGCGCGAUAAAGAAAAGUAAAACGACGGGUGAUGGGUUCGCAAUGAGUGGUAUAGGUAAUAAUAAUUGUUCUAAGAGUGGGUUUUCAGAUAAAAUGUACAAUAAAGCUCUUAGUAAGUCCUCCACGAUCCCUUAUAAUGAAAUUUCCGUUAGUGGUAGAGAACAGUAUCGUAACGAAGUCCGGUUUUGCGAUGUCGAACACAAUAUUCCGAAUGUGCAGCAACAGCAACACGCUCCUUACGUUAGUCAUGAGCAGCAGCGCGAAGAUUUCGCGCGCUCAUCGGAUAGAAAUAAUCAUUCUACUCCGCUAUCAGGGUUGUAUAACCAGCAGCGAGAAAAUGCAAAUCGUAUCGGUCCUACGUCACAACAAAUAGCCGCGCGGCAAUCUUUGGCCCGUGAUCUUCCACAAUUUGCAGGUGACCCAGCAGAAUGGCCAAUUUUUAUAUCUAAUUACGAGUACACUACUGCGGCGUGUGGGUACACGCAUGGGGAAAAUAUGUUGCGUUUACAACGGUGCCUUAAGGGGCCAGCUAUGGAGACAGUUCGUAGUCGUUUGGUGCUACCGGCCGCGGUACCGCAGGUUAUCGAAGCGCUUCGUAGGAGAUACGGACGACCAGAACUGUUAAUAAAUGCACUAUUGGAAAAGGUGCGGAAAAUUCCGGCACCGAAGGCUGAUAGACUGGAAGGGCUCAUCGAGUACGGCAUGGCAGUACAAGCUCUUUGCGACCACAUUGAGGCGGCGAACGAGCAUGUUCAUUUAUCCAAUCCUAUGCUUCUCCAGGAACUUGUGGGCAAACUUCCAGCGGAUCAAAAGCUUAUGUGGGCUGCACAUAAACGACACCAUGGUAACGUGGAUCUGAAGACGUUAAGCAAUUAUAUGGACAAUGUUGUUAGUGAUGCAUCCAGUGUGGUGAUGCUCGACUCGGAGUCCUUUAGAUGCAAGGAUAAAUUGAAACCGAGAGGAUACGUCAAUUCUCAUUCUGGUGCCAGCCUAGAACAGUCAGUAGCAGUGACGAAGCAGGUAGAGUGCAAUUUCUGUGGAAAAAUCGGUCAUCGUUUGUGAGAUUGUUUGACGUUUAAAAAUU